UCUCUAAACAACUUCUUGUUAGCUUCAAAAAUUGGCAAGAAUAACUAGCACAAAUAAAACUAUAAAACCAUAGAUUAAACCUCCCCAAAUGCAUGAUUUUGUUUCCUUAACCACAUACUUCAAAAAAUUAAAAACAUUAGAAAAAAAAAAGUGAGAGAAAGGGAGAGAUGGAUAUGGAGAUUGGAUCACAACACUUUGGGCACCAACAUCCGGUGGAGUUCAAAGAUGUGUUGAGUGAUGAAACUAAAGAAGCUAUUUGCUUAAGGUGCGGGGAGAUGGUGUUCGGUUCAAGCUUUAGUUUCAUGGAAUGCGAGUUUUACCUCCACAAGAAAUGUGCUGAGGCACCUUCGAAGAUUGAUCACCCUUUUCAUCGUAAUCACCCUCUGGUUCUCUUACCGAAGCCAAAAUACAAGAGAUGCUUUUGCAAUUUUUGCGGCAAAACUUGUGAGAAGUCUGUUUAUCAUUGUUCUUGUAAAUUAGACUUUCAUAUCAAAUGUGCUUUAUUUUCCCUUAACAUGGCUGAAAAGAAACUUGAAGAGCUUAAACACAUAACUGUCAAAGUUCCAUUGCUCUUCACUGAAGAUGAUAAUAAGGAACUUGAAAAGCUUUACUGUUUUAUGUGUUGGGAGCCAUUAUUAGAAUCUAUGUACUUCUCUCUUGAUUGUGGGUUCAACCUACAUAAGAAAUGUGUUGAAUUGCCUCAUGAAAUCAAGUACCCUAUUCACAAGAGGCAUCCUUUGAUUUUGCAGUUUAAUGUUGAUCAUUUCUCUUGCAAAAUAUGUCUCCAAGAGCCAUCUGGAAUGGGAAUUGUCUAUUCUUGUUCACCUUGUAGAUUUUCCGUUCAUAUCAAAUGCGCAGAGUUUCCUCCUAUACUCAAUCUCCCAUGCCACCGUAACCAUCCUCUUUUUCUACCUGUCAAAAGGGGAGGCUCUUGCCACGCAUGUAGAAAAAAUCCUUCUUUUAUGACAUGCGAAGAAACCCAACAAAAUAAUUUUUAUCAUUGUUCAUCUUGCAACUUCGGCCUUCAUUUAGAGUGUGCUUCACCACCUCUCACCAUUAAAGAAAAAAUUCAUGAGCACCCUUUCUCUUUGUUUUGGAGACAAGCCUCGUUCAUUUGUGAUGCAUGUGGUCUUGAGGGAAACUUUGUUUCCUAUAUAUGUUCUACAUGCAACCUUUUAGUCCAUAAAAAAUGCAUUUCCCUACCACCCAUAAUCAGAAUCCCACGACAUAAACACCCAAUUUUUCACAAAUAUUUUCUUCAAGAUCAUCAAUUUAAGGAUUGUGAUUGUAGAAUUUGUGAUGAUAAGGUGAAUAUAAAGUAUGGGAGUUACUCUUGCUUCAAUUGCAAGUUUGUCGUCCAUGUGAAAUGUGCUUUAGAGAAAAAGGGUUGGUACAAGGAAGUUGAGCCAAAAGAUAUAGAUGGGAAGUUGGCAAUAGUUCCCAAAAUGUCUGCUAACCCCAUCGAUUGUGUCAUUGAGAAAAAUGAAGACGGAGAAAUGACAAAAAUAAAACAUUUCGGCCAUGAACAUAAUCUAAUAUUAAGCAAAAACCUCAUUGAGGGACAUUGUGAUGGGGCCAGUCUCAUGGAUAAAUAUUGUGAUGGGUGUGUGCUACCCAUCUCGAAUCCAUUUUAUUAUUGCUCACAAUGUGAUUUCCUUCUCCACAAAUCUUGUGCUAAAUCGCUUAAGCAGCAACAGUUGUGGUUUCAUAUAUGUCAAAGGUUCCUCAUCCUUCUUGUGGGCUACAUAUUCAGAUGUGGCCUUUGUCAAAGUGAGUGCAACGGCUUUUCCUAUAUGUGCAAGAAAUGUGAUGUUCAUUAUUGCCUUUAUUGUGCAACAAGGGACUACAGAAUCAAGCAUCAAGGGCAUAAGCACCCACUUUUCUUUGAUCGUAAACAUGAAGGGCGGUGCGAUGCUUGCAAUGUUAAAGUACGUGGUCUCUACAAAUGUAAGCAAUGCUCUUUCAAUUUACAUAUCAAAUGUUUAAGACUACCACUCACAGCUUGGCACAAGUUUGACAAACAUCAACUUGCACUCACUUACAAAGAGGGUAAUGAGUACUCAGAAUAUCAGUUCUGUGACAUUUGUGAAGAA